AUGGCACCAGCGCUCACAGCCCCCGCGCCAGCACCACCACACACCCUCUCCGCACCCACAAAAGCGCCCAAAUCAAUCUUCCCAGACGGAAUACGCACAUCCGGCCAACAUGAACCCAUCUACUCGCUGCUGCGCCCCUACUCUGACUUCCCUGCCCAAAUCACUGGUCCAACAGCAUGGAGCAAAGCGGAUUACAAGGACAACCCCGAGCGCUGGACCCACGUCUUCUCGUCGUCUGAAAUCGCCGAGAUAAGCGAGACAGCAGACCGCUUCAUUGCAUCUGGCAUGCCGCUGACAGGUAUAACAAAGGCGUUGUUCCCGCUCCCGCAAUUCUCCCAAUUCCUUGAUCCUUUGCGCCGCGAACUCAUCGACGGCAAGGGCUUUAUCCUGUUCAAGGGCCUGCCGGUGCAGGAAUGGGGAAACAAGAAAUCUGCUGUUGCGUACAUGGGUUUGGGAACGUACUUAGGCUACUUUGUUAGUCAGAACAGCCGGGGCCAUGUGUUGGGGCAUGUCAAGGAUUUGGGCGAAGAUGCGAAUGCGAUCGAUAAAGUGCGGAUUUACCGAACGAACGCGCGGCAGUUUUUCCAUGCCGAUGAUGCGGACUUGGUGGGGUUGCUGUGUGUGGCCAAGGCGCUGGAGGGCGGAGAGUCGGAUUUGGUCAGUAGCCAUGAAGUCUGGAAUGACCUGCAAAAGUACAAUCCCGAUGUAGCGGAGCUCCUCACACAGCCCAUCUGGUACUUUGAUCGCAAAGGAGAGACGAGCAAGGGGCAAAAGGAAUGGAUCAAGACCGCCGUGUUUUAUCUUGAGACCGGCGAUAAUCCGAGGGUGUACAGCAAAUGGGACCCCUACUAUGUCCGCUCAUUGACUCGGUUCUCUGACGCCGGCGCCAUUCCACCCCUCUCGGAUGCACAACAACGCGCCAUCACCAUUCUCGAAGAGACGUGCCAGAAGUUGGCUCUGCAUAUGAUUCUAGAAGUAGGCGAUAUUCAGUUCCUCUCAAACAACCACGUCUUGCACGCAAGGACGGCGUACAAAGAUUUUGCGCCGCCAGCACCCAGGAGACAUUUGAUGAGGUUAUGGUUGAGCACACCAGAGGAUGAGGGUGGUUGGAAAUUGCCGUUCCACGAUAGUAGAGAGAAGAAGCGAGGCGGGAUUCAGGUCGACGAUACAGCGCCGGUUGCCCCUGAGGAUGCGGAAUAA